UUUCCCCUUGCUGUGGGGGGAAGGACUCAAACCCCCAAGAUGGCGGCGGCGUCGGAGGAGCGGAUGGCUGAGGAAGGAGGCGGCGGCCACGGCGACGGCGGCUCCCCUUCGGCCAUCGGCUCUACCCAGCGACUGCCCCCACCGCCCCCGGCCCAGCCCCCGCAGCCGGGGUCCCAGGCGCCCCCAGUCCCGGCGCUGGCUCCGGACCAGCUGCCUCAAAACAACACGCUGGUGGCGCUGCCCAUCGUAGCCAUCGAGAACAUCCUCAGCUUUAUGUCCUACGACGAAAUUAGCCAGCUCCGCCUGGUUUGUAAAAGAAUGGACUUGGUCUGCCAGAGAAUGUUGAAUCAGGGAUUUCUAAAAGUGGAGAGGUACCAUAAUCUAUGUCAGAAACAAGUUAAAGCACAACUCCCAAGGAGAGAGUCAGAAAGGAGAAACCAUUCAUUAGCUCGUCAUGCAGACAUCCUCGCUGCUGUUGAAACAAGGCUAUCACUAUUAAAUAUGACUUUCAUGAAGUAUGUGGACUCCAAUCUCUGUUGCUUCAUCCCAGGAAAGAACUAGGUAUAGAUUCUUGGCUUAUUCCUGAAUACAUUUCUCAAAUCUUCUAUCUGACAUACAGAAGUCAAACUUUUUAUGGUAAGCUUUUGGUCAACAUCAGCAGUUCUCAAGUACUGAAAAACACAUGUGAGCAGAGGCCAACUAAGCAUUCUGGGAGAUGUAAGAAUGAAAAAAAGACAAGAAUAACUUCUUCUCUUCAUCAUUACUAACAGCCCCAGUAACCCUUUUGUGCUUACUGAAACACAGUGGUCUCCAAAAGUCAGUGUUUUCACAGUGUAAAUGGUUGUGUAAGGUCAUGAAGUGGGAUUUCUCUGAAAAAACUUAAAACCUACAUAUUAUGUAUUAUUGGUUUGUUUUUAAUACUUUUGAUGGAAAGAAAAAAACUGGUGGUGGUCACUUUCUUUAUGCCUUUUUUUGGGGGGGUAACUUUUUGUUUUGAUGCAAUUUCACAUUUAUACAAAAAUUGCAAAAAUAGUACCAGGAAUUCCCAUAUAGCUUUUAUCCAGAUCAGCAAUUAUUUACUGUUUGUCUCAUUUGCUUUCAUUCUCCCUCUGCAUAUGUAUUUUAUUUUUUUCUGAACCAUUUGAAGGAAAGUUUGGAGAUACUAUGACCCUAUGUUCUUAAAUAUUUCAGUGUAUUCUCUAAGAACUAGGACAUUUUCUUACUUAACCACAGUCCAGAUAUCAAACUCAGGGAAUUUAACAUUGAUCCAAUGUUAUCUAAUCAACAAUUCGUAUUCAAAUUUCAUUUCUUAUCCCAAUAAUAGUUUUUCUAGCUAUUCUUAUUUCUGAAUCCAGAAUCUAGUCUAAGAUCACACAUGGACUUGUUAAUCCUCUUUAAUGUGGAAUAAUUCCCUACACUUUGUUCUUGAACUUCACAUUGUUGAAGAUCAGUUAUUUUGAGGAAUAAAUGUCCUUCAAUUUGGGUUUAUCUAAUGUUUCCAGAAUGUUGUAUUUUUGUUUCUUUUUAAAUUGGUUUUAAUGUGAAGACAUUCUUAAAAAUAACUAUUACAUGGAAGCAUUUCCUCCUUUCACUGCACCUGGUCCCCAAGUAAGUAUGUACGGUCCAUGAACCUUUAAAAUGAAAAAAGAAGAAUUGAUCUGUUCUCAUUGACUUUUUUAGGCCCCUGCUCUUUACCUCCAUAUACCUCACCUUUCCCACUAUCUUGGCUAACUAGGAGUUCUGAUCAGCUUUUUAUAUUCUUAAAUAUAAGCAAGGAGUAGAGAAUUGCCAGGCUAAUAGGAAACACAGACUAAAACAAAUAGGGAAAAAAACACCUUUGAGAAAGCAAUACAUGGAUUUAAAACUUAAACUGACUGUUAAUCUAAGAGAAAUAAGAAAAUAUAUAGUCAGACGCAUGCCAUAUAAAGAAAUAUUCACAAACAUUGAAAAAAAUUUUAAGUAAAAGGAGUGGGAAGGAAAAUUAAGGAAAUCUCAAAUGGAACAAAAAGACAGAAAUAGAAAAUGAGAACAUAAGAGGUUCAAUAUUUUAAUAGGCGUUUUGUUUACUAAACAGUAGAUUAAACAAGAUAGAAAUUCUGUCUCAUCUACAGUAGUUGAAAGACUUCAUUGAUAUUCAUAGUAUGUCAUUUAUUACUAUGCCAAUUUAAACAUAAGCAUGAUAGAGUAAACUGCAAGUGUUAGAAAUAUGAUAGUUGUUCACAUUUGGUUUCUUUCUUUUUUAAGCUAUUUUAUUUUUAUUUUUUUAUUUUUUGGCUGGUGUUGGGUCUUCGUUGCUAUGCGUGGGCUUCUCACUGCGGUAGCUUCUCUUCUAGAGCAUGGGCUCUAGGCACUCAGGCUUCAGUAGUUAUGGCACAUGGGCUCAGUAGUUGUGGCUUGUGGGCUCUAGAGCACAAGAUCAGUAGUUGUGGCACAUGGGCUUAGUUGCUCCGCGGCAUGUGGGAUCUUCCCAGACUAGGGCUCAAACCCGUGUCCCCUGAAUUGGCAGGUGGAUUCUUAACCACUGUGUCACCAGGGAAGCCCCACGUUUGGUUUCUUACCAUACGUUUUUAAAACUUAAAAAUAUUUUUCGUAACUAUUAUUUUAUUAUCUCAAGCCUGAGUAGGACCCGAUAUCUGGCAUAUUAUUUGAAAGGUGUAUAAAUAGUCAUUAAAGAGUUUAGGUGACCUACCUAAGACCUGUCUGUGCUCUUUACACUGGACACAAGACUCACACCAUUACAUUCUUGUUGCUAAAGUAAUUUUCAGAAAGUGAAAUAUUUUAAAAAUCAGAUAAAUAUCAUGCUUUCUUAAUAUGUGACUCUAAAGUCAUUGCAGCCACUGAUGACUCCGAAUGCUAGAAGCAGUUUGGUUCUAACAUGCUGUGUCCCUUUUUUCUUCACCUUGUCCUUUGCUUAUAACUUUUGGAUAGAGGAAAGAAAAUAUUUUUAAUUUUAUUGAAACAUGGAUGAGAUCACUUAACUAAAAUAACCUCUGUAUAGUAAGAUUUGAAAACAUUAAGUUUCCUAAUGGAAGACUUGGGCAAAUAGAAAGAAAUACCUUGCUUUCACACUGUAUUUAGAAGGCUGAAUACAGUAAAGAUAUUUCAUAAAUUGGUUUACAGAUGUAAUUUAGUAUUUGUAAUCCCUGUGGGAUAUUUUGAUACGAAAUUAAUUCUGAAGAAUCAGGGUUAUGGAAGAGGAUUCACUGCGUAAUCAAUUUUUUUUAAAAACCUAGAAUAGGGACUUCCCUGGUGGUGCAGUGGUUAAGAAUCCGCCUGCCAAUGCAGGAGACACGGGUUUGAGCCCUGGUCUGGGAAGAUCCUACAUGCUGCCGAGCAGCUAAGCUCGUGCACCACAACUACUGACCCUGCCCUCUAGAGCUGAUGAGCCGCAACUACUGAAGCCAGCACACCUAGAGCUUGUGCUCCACAACAAGAGAAGCCACCUCAAUGAGAAGCCCUUGCACUGCAACAAAGAGUAGUCCCCGAUCGCCACAACUAGAGAAAAACCACAAGCAGCAGCAAAGACCCAACUCCGCCAAAAAAUAAAAUACAAUUAAAUAAAUAAAUAAAUAGAUAAAUAAAUAAAUGAAUGUUUAAAAAGUAAAUUAAAAAACCCGAAAACCUAGAAUAAAUGCGUGGUACAUAGUAACACUGCAUACAUGUUGAUUUCCUGUGCUGUCACCUACCCAUCCACAUCAUCUGUCACCUCACUCCACUCCUCCUUUAGUAAGGAAUACCCUCCUCCUGCUCAAACUUCUUUUCUCCAUUAAAAUUCUGCUUAUUUCUCAUCGCCAAGACCUUCAUUAGGCCUACUGCGUUCUCUCAAGCAGACCUUAUCUCUCUCUACUUUUUCACAUAGCACUUUGCUUGUACAUUGAACUUACUCAGUUUGAGCUAGCCUUUGCUAUGUAUGGGUCUUUCACGAAGUCAUCUUACAUUGGAUAGGACAUAUGUCUUUUUCAUGCUUGAAUCAUUAUAACAGUCAUUUCUAGUCUAGCUCAAACAUACUGUAAAUAUUCUUCUGUUUACCAGUAUUUAUGUACACAAACAUAAUAUAAAUAGAUCCAUUAAUAAAGCUGUGGAAAAUACUCUUUCUAGUAUUAUGUAUUUUUUAAAAAAUUCCUCAAUAAAAUUUCUGUUAACUGUGACAUUUAUUCAAAAUCUGGUCUCUAAAAAUUAUAUUCUUGUAUUGACUUUAACCCUGUGGCUUGUCCCUAAACAGUUUUUAUUUAGAUGUGUCAAUAUUAAGCAAUUUAUGUUUGACCACCUUUAUCACUUAUUUAACAAACACUGAUUAUCUGCUAUGUGCUAGACACUGCUAGUCUGUGGAGAUCUGGUGGUAAAACUAGGUAUGGUCUUUUCUCUCAUCAGGCUUACUAUAUUAUGGGAAGACAGAAAUUAACAGAAAGAUGUAGUAGUUAAAACUUGUCAUGUGUAUUCUGAAGGGAAAAUAAAGGAUUUGAUGAAGGUUUUAACAUGAUUUAAACUGGAAGAGGGUUCAGAAAAGACUACUUACUCUGAGAAGUGUUCCUGAGACCUCAAGGAUGAGUAAGAAAUUUGGGGCUGGAGAAGGUAGGGGAGCUAUUCGGGGAGAACAUUCCAGAAAAGGGAUCAUAAUGUGCAAAAACCCUGAGCAAAAAAGAGAGAGGGUUUGUUUUAGUUCAAAGAGCUGAUGGUUACUUUGUACCUAUAGAUGGAAUAUGGUGGCGUUGAGGACAACAUAAAAUAAUACUGAAGUGUUGCAGUACUUUUCUUAUAACGCACGUGUAAAAAAUUUGAUAAAUACAGAGCUACUGUGGAUCAGUUAAUAUCCUAGCACUAGUACAUAGACUCUCAGUCAAUAUGAAGGAGCUUUAAAAAAUUACUGCUUUAGCUUAUAUAUUUUGUAAUUAACCAUUCUGUGAUCAUAUAUAAAUAGGAGGCUUUUUUUUCCCCCGAAGCAUUGAGCUUAUGCUAGCUUCCAUAAAUUUUUACUAUUUGGAAAUAUAGAUAUAGAUUGAAUGUUUCUAGCUCUUGAACUUAAACAAGCCAAGCUGACUCUGACCUUGAAGCCAUUGCCAUUGUUAUUCCUGCCGAAGUGCUUUUCUCCCCAGAUCUUCCAGUUCCUUGUCAUCAUUCAGUUUUACCUAAAAUAUGUCAAGAAGCCUCUCCUGACCACUCUCUUCCCCCACUAGUUGCUGUCACAUUUUCUUCUUUUUUCCCUCAUGGCACUAUUUUAAAUUAUUAUUUGUUUACUUUAGCUUCAUGAGAGUAAGAAUCUUGGCAGCCAUGUUCACUGUUUUUACCCCAAUAUUUCGAAAAAUGACACGUACGUAGUAUGAAUUCAGUAAAUGCUACAGGUUAGGAUGUAUUCGCACAAUUAAAUUGAGAAAGUACUUUUUUUCUCCAUUUUUUAAAAAUAUACAUAAUAGUUCUUAACGUGGUAAUUCAGUAAGUUACUGUUGAAAAAAAUGUUAUUUCUUCUAGAAUGAGUUCAUAAUCUAGUAGUAAUGCCAAAAAUAAAUGCAUCACUUAACCACUAGUGCCUCGGGAUUCCGCCUUUGACUGUCUUAUUCUGUAUCUUCUCCCUUAGCAGUGUCAGUCCCUCUUAUGCCAUUGGCUACUGAGGCAUCGCCAUCAUUUGCAGUUUCUCUCCUGAUCUCCUAACCUGUAUCUCCAGAUAUGCCUGCGUGGCAGGUAUCACCUGCAUGUCCCGUGUAAUUCAAAACUAGCAUAUCUCUUCUCUUAAUUACAUUUGCCUGUAGAUACACCACCUCAGGCCGAGACAGUUCCUAGUCAUCUCUCCAGGCCCACUGACGUGGCCUCUUCUGUGAAGAUUCACAAUAAAGACACAUCCUAAUAGUUUAAUUUUGCUGACGUUUAUUAGGUGCACAUGAUGCUAGACUGACAAGGAUCAUCUCAUUGCCCUGAAAGUCUAGAAAGUGUUAAGGACUAUAACUUGCCCUGGUACUUUUCUGCAAGAUUGUGUGUUUCUCUAGCAGUACUCAGCAGCCUGAAUAAAGGAGAAGAAAAGGCCAAUUAUAUGGUUGUUCCAUAGUUGGGUACUGGCUAGAUAGCUGCAGUAGUGGAAGUGAGUGGGAUUCAAGGUGGUUUGAGAUAUUUUGGUGACAGAAUGGUUUGGCUGAUUAACCCACAAGUCUUGUGAGGUGAAGACCUGUUGGAAUAGAUGUCAUCCAGACUAGAGAUCUUCAGAGAUGUGAAUUACUAUCUUCAGGUCUAUGCUGAAGCCAUAGGAGAAAAUAUUAAGGAUGACCUCACAGGGAUUAAAGCUGACGGCAGAAUGCCUAAGGAAGGUUCAGCUACCAUUCCAGCAGGAGAAUCAGGAUUGUCAGAGCUUUCUCUGCCAUGUAUGUAUGCCUUGUGUUUCCCCAUUGCAAUUAUUAAAAUGAAAAAGAAUCUCUUGCUACCCUUGGAUGAUAGCAAGAAAGUGGGCUCUGAGGAGACCUCAUUCCAAUCCACAGCAAGUUUUAAGAGAAACAGAAUUUCAAGAAUGGAGCACAUAGUGGCAGUGUGAGAGAGAGAAGGAAAUCAGGCUGAGUCCCUGGAGCUUUGGGAAACAGAUUCAGACUAGAGUGAAGGAAGUUCAGAGGAUUCCUAGAAUAUGGAUUUGGAUAAUUCCCCCAGCCCAACCCCUACUUGCAUACAAGAUCUAAUCUCUUAGUUUAGUCUUCUAGUUUCUUCAGCAAUUUGUAUAUUCCUCCUUGUAUCACUUCUUUACACAUCUCUAUCCCCAACUACACUGUUAUUUUCUUCAGGGCAGGAGUUUUAUUUUAAUCAUCCUGAUUCCUUAGCCCCAGUAUGGUACAGAAAAGAUGCUUAAUAAAUUUAAAUAUGAAACGUAUAAAGUAUAACAACAAGCCCAAAGCCAUGUGUCAUAGAUGGUAAUGUUAUCAAUGGUCAGUAUAUCAAUUAAGUCACCUUGUAGGUCGUUAUAGGAAUUGCAAAACAAGCAGUCACUUCACUCCUGUUUAGCUAUUUAAAAAAGAAAAAUUGGAAGUGCUAAUG